ACAGGGCCUUUUCCCGUGUCGUCGUCAAUAGAGCGGCAGAGUAUCCUUCCAACUGACGUGGUCGGCAAGAUCGACAAAUGCACAAUCCAGGACCCUGAUCCUGCGGGAUAACCAUGGAAUCCUCCAGGAUGUUGGGGUUACUGGUAAUCUGUUCGUGUCUGCUGCCGCUUUUGAAUUGUGAGGACUCGUUACCGGACUCGGUGGUUGCUUUCGAGAGCAAGAUGAAACCGACAUUGCAAGCUGGGACCACAACGACGACAGAUUCAACGACUCCGAACUUCUGGCAUGGUUUCGUCUCGUCUCUCAGCGUCAUCAUCGUUUCCGAGAUCGGUGACAAAACCUUCUUCAUCGCUGCGAUCAUGUCCAUGAGACACAAGCGCUUGGUGGUUUUCGCCGGUGCGAUCACAGCUCUCAUCAUCAUGACGAUCCUGAGCGCCAUGGCUGGAUCGCUGAGUAGAAUCAUUCCGAGGGUUUACACUCACUACAUGUCGAUAUUUCUGUUCGUGGCGUUCGGCGUGAAAAUGCUCUACGAAGCCUCUCAGAUGGCCGACGACGAGGGCAAGGAAGAGUUCGAGGAGGUUGAGAAAACCCUAAAUCAGAAAGAGAUGGAGAACACCGCCGACAUCGAGACCGGGCAGGCGACAUCGAUGCAGUCGCGACUCUAUACGGUGCUGUCGCGGGUGUUCUGGCAAGCGUUGACGCUCACCUUCGUCGCAGAGUGGGGAGACCGAUCCCAACUGGCAACGAUAAUUCUGGCAGCGAGUGAAAACAUUUGGGCAGUCAAUCUAGGCGCCAUAACGGGUCAUUCCCUAUGCACAUGCUUUGCGGUUAUGGCAGGCAGUGUCGUUGCGAAACGGGUUUCCGUUAGAACUGUCACGAUCGUUGGCGGGAUCGUGUUCUUAUUAUUCGCCGUGUCAGCAUACGUCAUCGGCAUCGAUAAAAGCGAAGUGACUGUGUGAAGGCUACGAUUGAGGCGCGUUAUCCUGUGAUUAGAGUUCCGAGCUCCUUGUGAGGGCAGUUGGCGGAUCGAUUACGAAACAACAUACCGACUUCAACGAACUCUCUUCAUGGAAGCAAUAAGUUCCCCCCAGGGCAUUCCUCGUACUUCUCCAUUCAGGGAUCGUUCGUUAUCUGUGAGCGAGUUGCUGUCCGCCCUCCCCAGACUUUCUGCUCAACACGGAAGUGUUUCUGUGAGUUCAUGAUUGAUUGUAGGAAUUUUAAAAACGAUGUAAAUAGUAUACUAGCUGUGAAUCUCGGACACUCCGCCUGGGACUUUUCCUGAGCUAGGCACAAAUCUUCGACACUUUCUCUCGUCCCGCGGAGAAGAUCAGAUCCGAGACAGUGGUGAGGCAGAAUGAGUGAGAGAGAACGAUUAGGAAUGAAGGUGCAAACUUUCGGAAAUAUUUUAUCAAUUGUUGUCCCCUAGAAACAUAUGUUCUACGACGGCCGGGGUCUCACUAUAGGUGCUCCGGAUCGGAAUUUAUCGACCUAUGUGAUGGGAAAUACAGACGACCAU